GUUUCAGUUGCUGUCUAUUUGAGGUCCUAAGGAUUUAACUUCUUAGGCAUGCCGCACAACAACCAACCUUCUCCUGGGGAUGAUCAACUGGGACCCCCCAAGGCAGACUUCAGUGCUCCGCCGCCCUAUGAGGCGACCAGUCAGCAGGUAGUCCUGCCGCCCCAAAUGCCCGCCCUAACUGUGGCCCCUACCGAUCCCGGCCAGAUCCCCAUUCAAAUGCAGGUGCAACUACCCGGUCAAGAGGAGAUGAUGACUGCCCAGCUGCCACAGGAACUGCACGGAAAGCUGCCGACCUACGAGGAGGUGCAGAUGGAAAAGUCGCUGAACGGAGAGCUGCCGCCCGCCUUUUUGACGCUGCCAUCGUCCCAGCAGCUGCCGCCGCCGCCGAAUCCACUGCUGCCGCCCAAUCCGCUGCGUGAUGGGACCGGAGCUGUACGAUCCGCUCAACCGGCGCUGACCUUUAUCGCGAUCGAUGCCAGUGACGCCGAAAACAGCCUGUCCACAACAGAUAACUUGCUGGGCACAGACAUCAUGUUCAUCACAGCUUUCAUUGUGGCUUUUCUGUUCAACUGGAUUGGCUUCCUGAUGCUUACCUGUUUCUGUCACACGAUUGCCGCCCGAUACGGAGCGUUAUCCGGCUUUGGACUGUCGCUGGCCAAGUGGACGUUGAUCGUUAAACACUCGACGGACCUGGCAUCGCACGAGAACUCCUGGCUCUGGUGGCUGAUCUGUGCCUUUGGCUUCCUUAUCAGCAUACGCGCUUUGAUUCAGUAUGUGAGCAUCAAGAGGUCAUGGCGCCUUCUAUCCGCCUCCGCCCAGGAGCGGCUGCUCUUCUUCUACUAAACGCACCAGGAGGUGGCUACUCCCCUGGAGGCAGCUGCCGUGUAUAUACGUUGUGGGUGACCAGAAAGCUGGAUUCUUACCCGAUCCCAUCACCUCAAAAUCCCCCUAAAUCGGCGCACACAAAAACCAACCAGAACCCAUGUGAACUCAGUCUGGAGAAGUUAAGACAACCACUUAACAGUCCUUACGAAAAAUUAUUCUGAUUGACAAAAAAUAAUAUUCAAAAUUUGAAUGUUUCUUUUAUAUUGAAAUCUUAAAUAAUGUUUCUAUAACUCAGUCAUGUUAAAUGUAACAGAAUAUUUUAUUUUUUUGCGCCGUUUUUUAAAACCAUUUCUCAUUUAAAAAUGCAAAUAUGUUUAGAAAUGUUUCAAAAAUCCAAAAGUAUUGUUUGAAAACCAUGUAGCAAGGACUGUUUAGGGUUUUCUCUAGUUACUAUGUUAAAUAGCGCAACUUAGUCCACAAAUCCAGAUAAAUGUAGCAUAAUGUCCUUUAUCUAUAUGUGUUGAUUAGUGAGAGGCAACAGCUCCCUUGUCUGCAUCCAGAUCGAUUCUAAAUGUAAAUGUAUGUGAAUGUAUAUGGUAAACUCUCACCCUCC